GUGGCGCUAGCUGAAAGGCUAGCGUAUGUGUGUGCGCGUGUGUGUGUGCGUAUGUGUGAGGAUGUGGGCGUAGUCUUAUUUCUGCACUUUAAAAGAGCAUCAGUGUGCGUGUGAGUGUGUGUCUGUUGGUUAUUUUACAGCGGAGCGACAAUGAGAUCAGACACGACACACAAACAUGGCGGGAUCAAAGGGAAUUCCUCCUCUGAUCCCACCGGGAAGCCCACGGGAGGCCAGAAGCUGAGGCUAAAAUUCCCCAAAUUAUGGAGAACUGGCAACACGGGUCAAGUUGUACAGAUCGCCACCAGCACUCCCGAUGGACACCCUGCACUUGAAGACAUCCAGCCUAUAACAGUGCCGCUCACCUUUGAGCAACACCUUGAGGAACGCCACCUGAGUGAGGCGGGACAGCUGUUGCUCGCCAGAGAGAAUUGUCUUUUUGUAGGGGUCCGGCAUAAAGACGACGACGACGUCGUCAGACGCUGGAAAGAGGACUUGAACACUCUGGUGGCAGACCGCAAAGCCCUGGAGGACGCCGUGCUGCAGACUCUGAGAGGCUCCCUCAGCCAGGAUCAAGCUGACACUGCGGCCCUGAAGUCGGCCGUGGUCUUCAUGCGACAGGAGGACGACCAGGACCAGCUGUGGGAGCAGAGAGGUGGGGCGCCGCCUCCCUGGAGGCUCAGCAACUGGAGGGAAGUUCAUGAGAAAACGCUGCGCGGCCUGGUGGAGGAGCGCAUGGACGUCCUGAUGACUCCCCCCACAGACCUGGCAGGGAAGUCGUCCAUUCAGGUGGACGUGCACGGCAUGGGCAGGCAGCUGAGGCAGGACCUCCUGCUGGUGGUGCAGCACGUGAAGAAGUGUUACCCUGAGAGUGUCAACAUCUGCCAGCUGUAUGCCAACCUCUACCACCAGACCUUCAGCACCAGGCUCAGGAAACUGGCUGACUUUGGUCUGGAUGACCCGGACUGCAUCUUCCUGCUACGCUGGGUCAACGAGUACUACCCACAACUGCUUCAAGAACUUCAGCUGGCUGGUGACAUCCACACUGACGUUCUUCGAGAACUUCUACCUGAAAAUUUGCUGUCACCUUUGGAGGAACAAUACCUGAGCAGACAACAGAGGGAGCUGACCACAUACAUCGGACGCAUCCUGGAUGAGGCCCGGAAGGCAUGGACAAAAGGGGAGGAUCCGCUGAGGGAGGACGGCUGCUUCGUCAGUCCCAUGGCCUAUGACAUUAUCCAGCUGGUUAACGGCAUCGUGACUGCAGCAGAGAAGGUAGUAGGCGACCUGCAGAAGGCGCAGGUUCUAACCUGCCCGCUGCAAAAUCUGCUGCACAGAUUCAGGGCUUUCCAGGUGGAUGUCAUCAAGCUUAACAAAACAAACAGCGUGGCCUUCGUCAAGGCCAACCUGGACUGCGUGGCUCAGUUCAGGGACUUCCUGGUAAGGAAAAGCAGUCUGUUCCCAGAGGAAGUUCAGGAAAGUUGUCAGAGUGUCCUGACUGACAUGAAAGAAUGUGCACACGAGUACCUAUUGAGGUCUGUGCACAAGAACCUCAAGCCUCACUACCGUAGACUUGGAACCAACGUUUGGUUGACGAAAUCGCCCUUUGACAACCUGUGCGUCUGCCUGGAGGAGGAGAUGAUGCUACUUCAGGGCACUUCCGAGUCAUGUCACCAGGAGCUUAUCGGUCAACUUCAUCAGGAAGUGGCACUAGAAUACGUGCGGCGACUCCUGAAAGGAGAACUGAAACUAAAGGACAAGGAGCAGCAGCAUCGGGCAUGCAUCCUCAUGAAAGAGAACACUGAGAGUUUGCACUACUUAUUCAUCAAAUAUGGCUCUAAGGAGGCGUGGCUUAAGGAGGUCCUUGGCAUGAUCGCAGAAGUGCUGGAAAGCCAGAAUGUCCCUGCCAUCCAGAUGCAAGUGGCGUCAUUGGGAACCACCUUCCCUGACCUCAGUGAAAAACAUGUGAUGUCUCUGCUUAAGCUCAAGAACAACCUCACCAAGGAGGACAGGUACAAUGUCACAGCAGUUUUGUCAGACAUUCCCAAGGAUUCCGGCGAAUCUCGCCCUUUUUUCUCCCGAGUGACAGUCAAAUAGUGAGCUGUGGCGGCGCCAGAUAGUCAUCGUGUGUGUGAAUCUAGAAAACCAAUGUGGUUGUCAUCAGGUGCAUGUCUUUUUGUAUGUGUUGAAGAUGUAAGUUUUGUAUAUAUGGUCAAUAAAGGGAAGCACAGCGGAACCUCGUCUAUUGUUGUUCAUUUGUUCCAAAAGGUCAGGUAAAAACCGAGGCAAUUUUUCCCAUAGAAAUAAUGUUAAUCCAUUUAAUCCAUUCCAAACACUCAAACAUAUUAACAGAAAUACAUGUUAAAGACAAUAAUUGUAGUUUCACAUCCAGAAAACAAAGCAAAAUAAUUAUAAAGGAUGACUAGAUUAUUGUUCACGUGGACUUUCUGCACAGUGAGUUUAAUUCAGUGCUUUUCGCCUUCAUCACAUUGUUGGCACCCGCAACUUUCUUUGGCCGCAUGGUGGGUUACUUAGUCGCAUUCAAUGAAAUAUGGGAGGACAGUGAGUCAGCAACACAUAGGGUGUUUUGUUUGGGCGCUCGAUUUCAUGGAACGAUACUGUACAGGCAAAAUGGAAGAGUUUGUUACGUUCGAUAUUGUACAAAAACUGAGACAGUGUAUGAAAACCAAGGCAAAAUCUUCAACAAAAAAAUGAAUGGAAAUCUUGCGCAUUAUUACUAAAAAAUAAU